UAUAUUAAACAGUUAGUCACUCUGGCUCAGUCGUGUGUUUUGAGUAGGUAUACAAAAUGUUGCUCGUGCUAAGCAUUUUAUUUGCAUCAUUAGCGCUUUAUUGGUUCGGAAAUAAAAAUUUUAAUUAUUGGAAAGAAAAAGGAAUAAAACAUGACCCUCCAUUGCCAUUUGUCGGAAAUAAUCUGAAACAAUUCAUGCAGAAAGCAAGCAUUGCAAUGACCGCUAACGAUGUAUACAAUAGAUAUCCCGAAGAGAAAGUUGUAGGAUUUUAUCGAGCAUCAGCACCAGAGUUGGUUAUCAGAGAUCCAGAAAUUGCAAAACGAAUUAUAAUGUCAGACUUCAAUUAUUUUACUGCUAGAGGCUUGAAUCCGCAUAGAACAGUGGUGGAACCAUUGUUAAGAAAUCUUUUCAUUGGUGAAGGUGACUUAUGGCGUCUUUUGAGACAAAAUCUUACUCCGUUAUUCAGUACUGGUAAACUAAAAGCUAUGUUUCCACUUAUAAUAGCUCGAGCUGAGAGACUCCAAGCUCUUGCUGAUGAAAUAACAGGACAAGAUUUUUAUGAUGCUCGAGAACUAAUGGCAAGGUAUACAAUCGAUUUUAUUGGAGAAUGUGGUUUUGGAAUAAGUAUGGAUACGUUAACUGAAGAAAACAACCAGUUUAGACGACUUGGAAGGCGAAUCUUUGAGAGAAAUCUCAGAGAUAAUAUUUAUUUUGCAAUCAAAUUUAUAUUCCCAGAACUUUCAAAAAAUAUGAAAUUGUUAGCCCCAGAACUAGAAAAGGGAGUAUUGACUUUAGUUCAGACAGUUAUACAAGAAAAAAAAGGAAAACCAUCUGGUAGGUGUGAUUUUAUUGAUUUAAUGUUGGAAAUAAGAGAAAAAGGAAAUAUAAUUGGAGAGUCUCUAGAUAAGAAAAACCCAGAUGGCACACCUAAAAUAGUGGAAAUAGAAUUAGAUGACAUUUUAAUGUCUGCUCAAGUUUUUACAUUUUUUGCUGCUGGCUUUGAAACAUCUUCAACCGCGUCCAGUUAUGUUUUACAUCAAUUAGCUUUUAACCCAGAUUGGCAAGUAAAACUACAAGACGAAAUAGACAAGGUUCUAGCAAGACACAAUAACAAACUAUCCUACGAAGCUAUUAAGGAAAUGAAAUAUUUAGAAAUGGCAUUUUAUGAAGGUAGUAGAAUGUAUCCCUCCGUUGCAUAUUUAGUCAGAAUGUGUACUGUACCAGAGUAUACAUUCCCUGAAUUAAAUUUAACAAUUAAUGACGGAGUAAAAGUUUUUAUUCCUGUUGCUGCCUAUCACAAUGAUGAAAAAUACUUUAGUAAUCCCGAGGUAUUUAAUCCAGAAAGAUUCCGAUACGGUAUUAAGGAAGACGUUAAAAAAGGUAUAUAUAUGCCUUUUGGCGACGGACCGAGAUCUUGUAUUGGUACAAGACUUGGAAUGAUGCAGGCGAUGGCUGGAUUAGCAGCGGUGUUGCAGAAGUUUUCCGUGGAGCCUGCAGCAUGCAGCAAGCGGAUACCUGAUCCAGAUCCAGCCGGGAUUAUAACGGAAGGUUUUCUAUCUGGACUGCCUCUUAAGUUUAAGAAGCGUGUGAAGUCUUAAAGUUAGUUUCCUAUACCGUGACUCGUCACAGGCCAGUCACUCGCUCAGUAGAAGCACAGCGUUAGUGCCUAGGGUUUAUGGAUAACUCUGACUGAUUCAGCAACGCCUGGCUAACGUCAGCUGUUGUCAAUCAGCCAGAGUGAGGAUAAAAGGAUCAUUCGCCACCAUUUAAAUUGAUAUUGCCAAUAUGUGUCGUAGUGAUGCAAAAUAUUUUUGAUUUUAUAUUGUAUCACUAAGUAAAUCGUUAUUAGUAUUGUAAUAUUUUUUGUUUUGAUAUAUUUGAUAUAGGUAAUUUAGUAUAAGUGUUAAUAAUCUGCCGAGUUUGAUAUCAAACUUCAUUUACAAAUAAAUAUUUUAAUAAGUAUUCAUUUCACUAUUUAAGGGGACGGUACACCUAAGGUUUCGUUUAUUUAUUAAAAUAAUACGUUGUUAAUAUAAUAAAGAUUUACAUAGUGCAUAAUAUAAUAAUAUUAUAUAGAUAUUAAGCUUUUGGACUGUUUAAUAUGAAUUUCAUAAUAUUAUUUAUUAAACAUCGACUAUUAAAAACAUUGAAAGUGAAAGUGGGCCAAAAUAACGUCAAUAUUUAUUUAAAAAAUAGAUUGCACGGCCUUCCUCGACAAUUAACAAUUAUUUUGAAGAUCGUUUUCUUAAUAAUAUAGGUUAAAAAUAUAAUUUCGAUGAGCGGGUGUAGGUUAUCAUUGUUAAUCUAUCCUAUAAGAUUAUGUUCCAAAUAUACAUAUUUUUGACACGAAUAUAAUUUGAAAUUUGCAGUUAAAUAUCUUGCGAAUGUCACAGAAAUUUUAUCGUGAUCAUCUGGGAGUUCAAAUCACAAACUGUUACUUGAAAUAAGUAUCUAGAAUUCUUAAACUUCUCAUAUGUUUUUAUAUAUUUUUUAAAUUAUUCAGGACUUUGAAAGUCUUAAAAUGUAUUUGUUCACGGAGCACUGUGGUUCACCAAAUGAUGUUUAAAAUAACAAUUAUUUAUCGAAUGAAAAUCGAUAAUUGGUUUAACAUAUUUUUUAAAGAAUUAAAAUUUCAAAAAUAAUGAGGUUUUAUUGAAUUACUUUGUUUUCAUAAUGUACAUACUCGUAUGUAUUCUUAUUAUUUUAAGUAAUCAUUUUCUAUUUACCAACUACCCUGCUCUAGAAAUAGAAUAUUUAGUUUAAUCUUUUUAGGGGUAAAAUGAGGAAAAGUCCGUCUGUUUAUCACGCUGUAUGAACCACCAUGAACCGUGGUAGACAGUUAAAAUAUUCACUGUUGAUGUAUUUCUGUUGCUACUAUAAAAAAUACUAAAAACAUAACUUAAUGAAUAUGUAAGGGGAAAACAUAAUAACAAACGUGACGUUUUUGCUUUGUUAUAGAUGAUUAGAUGAUAAUACGGAACCCUUUGUGUACGAGUUGAAUUUGCACUUGGCCGGUCUUAUUAAAAGAUUUAAUAAUU